GGAACUGUAUUCCUCUGCCGUUGUUUCCUACCGGCAGAAUAAAUUCGCUGCACCGUCCUUGAACAGAAGGCUGAACGAAAAACAUUAUUUUUUUUAUGAGCGCAUGGAAGAAGACUGAACAUCUUACAACUCUGCAGGGUGACGUCCAGCAAAGUCUCUAAUAUGUCAGAGCUGUUUGCUUUGGCCAAGCUCCCUCUCAAGUCAACUUUUCCUUUCUGGAAAUUCACUCUUUGCAGCACUUUUAGCCAGUUAGAAUCAGGGCGGUGGCAACUGGGAGCUAGAGUUCAAAGACACACUCACGAAUGGACUAAAGCACCGUCAUCGAGGAUAAACCAGAAGCCAGUGUUUGAGAGAGCACUAGCAUUUGGAGAUAAACCUGCCAUCAUAGACAGCAGUGGAGGGCACAGCUACAAGCAGCUGUACCGCAGCAGCUUAGGACUCGCUAGCAGGAUCAAUGCUGCUCUAAAUUCUGACUUUGGGGGUCUUCAUGGAAAACGAGUCUCCUUCUUGUGUGCAAAUGAUGCUUCUUAUGUAGUGGGACAAUGGGCAGGUUGGAUGAGUGGUGGGACGGUGGUGCCACUCUACCGAAAACACCCCCCUUCUGAGCUGGAGUACAUCAUCUCUGAUUCCCAGAGCUCGCUGCUGGUGGCGGCACAUCCCUACGCAGAGAUCCUUGAGCCGCUGGCUCAGAAACUCGGACUGCCGUGUCUGACUCUACCUCCUACUUCUAACCUCAACGCUUUAGAUGGAACAGACACACGCGAGAAGGAGAUGGCCAUCACAGACUGGGCCGACCGGCCAGCUAUGAUCAUCUACACCAGUGGCACCACGGGGCGCCCCAAAGGGGUUUUACACACACACCGUAGCAUUCAGGCAAUGGUACAGUGCUUGGUUUCAGAGUGGGCGUGGUCUAAGGAUGAUGUCAUCCUCCACACCCUGCCACUCCACCACGUGCAUGGCAUCAUUAACAAGCUGCUGUGCCCGCUCUGGGUGGGCGCCACCUGCAUCAUGCUUCCUGAAUUUCAGCCACAAAAGGUGUGGGAAAUGCUGUUGAACUCCAGGGCUCCGACGGUUAACGUGUUCAUGGCUGUGCCGACAAUUUAUUCCAAGCUGAUCCAGUACUACGAUCAGCACUUCACACAGCCUCGUGUGAAGGACUUUGUCAAAGCUGUUUGCAAAGAGAGAAUCAGGUUAAUGGUUUCAGGUUCUGCUGCUCUGCCUCUUCCUACUUUGCAGCGCUGGGAGGAGAUUACGGGACACACGCUGCUGGAGCGCUACGGCAUGACUGAGAUCGGCAUGGCUCUGUCCAACCCGCUCAGGGGCCCACGGACCCCAGGAGCUGUGGGAGUGCCUCUUCCAGGUGUGGAUGUCCAAAUUGUCUUGAAUAACGCGACCAACACUACUAUAGUGGAAGGAAAUCACAAAGAGACGCGGGUUCGUGCGGGUCUGGAGGGUAAAGAAGGGGAGCUGCUGGUUCGUGGUCCGUCUGUCUUUAAAGAGUACUGGAACAAACCCCAGGAAACCAGAGAGUCUUUUACAGAUGGCGGCUGGUUUAAAACAGGGCAUUUUUCCUCCUAAGUGGCUGUGACUGCUCUGGGUCCUGAGGAACCAAGUGGUGCUCUCUUCCUCUGCCUUCCUCUUUUUUUCUUGACUGUGUGUGUGGUGGCAUAGAAAGAAGGUGCCAUCAGAGGCUUUCCCUCCCUGCAGGCCUGCACUUCACCAGAAAGGAACCAUGCUUUACUGCAGCAGCCACUUGGAGACAGGCUUUAAGUUAGCGUGAGGAAUGCUCAGGUGUGCAACAUGCAGGGAGGGGAGGGCAAGUGGAGCUCCAAGUGGUGAUGUAGAUGUCAGGAAAUAAGAGCCAGAAGCAAAGGAGAGAAUAAGUAUCGGCCUCCGAGAUGUGCUGCAGGUAGGGUUUGAAAGAGCGGACUACAAAUGCUGAGGAUGGAGUUGGCGAGGGAUGGAAGGAUGGAGUGAUUGAGAGCAAAGCAGGGCCUGACAGUCAGGAGAGAAGGGCAGAGUGUGUUUAAUUGGCUUUGCAGGCUGUAAGGACACAGAUCCAGAGUGCAGUGCGUUGCUGUCACACUCCAUUACAGCCACCGGCCACAUAAUGAGAGCCACCGCAAUCAGCUUCCCACAGACAGGUCCCUCAAGCUACAUGGACACACACACACACACACACUCACACACACAUACACACACACCAUACACACUGUGGACAUCUCUGAAGGAACCUAUCAAGCAUCUUCCUUGCCCGCCCAGCUCUUUCAGCUCCCUGAUACCAACCUCAGCAAGCACAAUGUUUUAAACCAGAUGAAGGUUUCAGACAUUCAAGGUUUGUUUUGUUUGUUCCUUUGUUUUGAUGAAAGAAUUGGUUAAAGCCCAUUCAGAGCUCAACAUGUAAACUGAAAAGUUAACAGCUAAGUUUGAUUUAUUUUUGUGUAGCAGUCAAAUGUGAAAGAGCCACUCAUGAAAAAUAUCCAUAAAACAUACAUUUCCUUAUCAGUAUCACUGUUCUCUCUGUCUAUUGCCUCAUAAAGCCACUUGUAGUGAAUCUGCAGAUUUAGAUCAUUUUUAAAGCAACAAAAGCGUUAAAGACCAGUUUAUUUUGGGAUGAAGAGCACACUGAUAUCCUUAAACUUAUUUUAUGACUAUUCUCCUAACUUGCAUGUGUCUGGAGAGCACAUGUGGAUUAACGAGGGCCACAUUCCACUUCCACAGCUGCAUAUGUGCUGGCUGUUCUGUAAACCUGCUAUUGAGCACAAUUGGUUUUUUCAUAAUGGGAUGCAGCCCUGUUUAACUCACCUAUGAGUUCUAGUCAGAGUUCCUGCCAUGAAACAGACUAGCUUAAUAAUUAUUUUGUGUCGGAUUUUAUUAUUUGGCUUUAAUGAUUCCAGGUUACACAACAGCAAGAUAUCAUUUUAGUUGUUCUACAUUGCUGCUUGGAUUGCUGGUGUAUCCAGGCAAGGCACUUACCACCAUUUAUAGCAACAAACAAAACGAAUAAUUUUUUUUUUAUCUUCUGAGCUCAGAGAUUUGGUUUGAAAAAACAACUGUACCAUUUCACACAGCUGACAAAAUCAGAAUGUUACAAGAGAUUCACUUUUUUUAAUGUAGUUUUGUACUUUUCUGUGCAACUCAUUAGUCAGAAAAGACAAAUAAAUAAAAACAAAAAGGUUGAUUUGACUUAUAGCAUUUUUGUCAUGUUUAUGUAACUUUUAGUUAAGAUCUUACGCAGUGAGAUGUGAUGACACCCGUGGACCUUAAACAUUUAGCUGUUUAAGUAGUUGAUGUUAUUUUAUAUGUAAUUGCUGUUGUUCUCCUACCUUUUCUCAAUUUAGUUUUUAUGAUUCAGUAACUCACUUUUUAACACCUUGCACUAUCUUGUAGCUUUUAAUUUAAUUAUUUUUUUUUUAUUUGUGCCAUUUCAAAUGGUUUUCAUCACUCGCUGCAUUAUUUUUUCACUUUGUUACCUUUUACCUGUUUUCUUAUUCUGUUAGUUUUAGUAGGAAUUUUUAUCCUUGAUUGUUUAUGCUAUGUCUUUGUGUAUUUUGCGUGAUUUCCAUGUUGUCACUAUGUUUUUGCUGAUAUGUUUGAGCAUACAGCACUUUGAUUAGCUGCCAUGCUAUUUUAAAUGGUGCUUUAUAAAUAAAUUGGUAUGGUAUGGCAUAAUGAAGGUCAAGGUCAACUUUAUUUAUAUAGCACAUUUACAGUCACACAGGCAACCCCAAAGUUCUGAACAAGGGUAAAAAUAAAUAAGUCAAUAAUAAACACAAUCAAGAACAAAUUAAAUCAAGGUUAAAAUAUUGUAAAAAUUCAUUUAGUGCUGAAAGAGUAUAAGAUAAAAAUGCAAGUCAAAUAAAAGCAGAGGUUAACUACUCAAGUCAACCUGCAUUAAAAGCCAGAUCAAACAAAUAUGUUUUAAGUAAUGCUUUAAAAUGCUGUGUGCUCUGUGUGGGCUGUUCCACAGACUAGGACCAGCCACAGAGAAAGCCCUGUCUCCCAGAGUUUUUAAACGUGUUUUUGGAACAAUUAAAAAAGACUGUGAGCCAGACCUCAUGUUUCUGACGGGAGUGUAGAUGGACAGUAACUCGCUGAUGUAUGGUGGGGCCAAGCCAUGAAGAGAUUUAAAAACAAAUAGGAGGACUUAGAAAUGAAUCCUGUAGUACACAGGGAUCCAAUGAAGAGAUGCCAGCACUGGGGUUAUAUGAAAGGACUUGUUGUGGAGAGUAUAUUUUUUCUCUUCUGACAACUUACAAGGCAUUCAUCCCUACUAGAGACCACUGCAAAUGUAUUUAUAAAACAACCACACUAAUAUUUACAAUGGACUGCAAAAGGCUAAAAUAAGGGAAUAAUUCAAUGAUUUGUGUCUUGUAUUUGCAACAUUUGCUGUUUUUAAUACACAUACUGUACAUGUGUGUUCAUAUGCACAUGUGAAUGUAAAUGACUUAUUUCUGGGGAGAUUUUACUCCUAUUAAAUAGGAGAAUUGCUUAGAACUGGAGGAACAGAAGCAGAACUUUCUGCUGAUGAGGAUGUCUGACAAGAAUAUACAGCUAAUGGGCAGACUGGCAGGUGAAUAAAAAGAGAAGGCAAACAAGAUGGCCAAAGAAUAGCGCGGAAGGAUUGUGAGACUUAAAAUCAAUAAAUUCUCUGCUGGUCAGAGGUGUCUUCUUCAGAGUCAGCAGGUGUUGUGUACAUGAUUGGCAGCUCUAUAGGGAAGCUGUCACCUGAGUGCUCUCCUUCCACUCGUCUUCACAAACAUCUCUGAGCCCAUUGAUCCCCUCUGGCUUUUUUAACUUUCUUUUUGUGUUCCGCAGUAGAGGCUGUCCACCGACCAGAGCUACGAUAAAUCGAUGAGAGGCUGAGAGCUUUUGUUAAUGGGUCUGAUGUACACACACAUAUACAGCUGUGGUAAAACGAAUCUCCACUUUCUUUCAAUGUUUUACCUACCAGGACAUUAUAAAAACAAUUAGAUCUUUACCAGGUUCUAAAACCAUGCAAAUGUAACAACAAGUGUUAAGAAUUACGCCAUGGGUCUGUGCUGUUAGUUUGGGUUUUUUUAAAUAAUAGAAUUAAAACUAAUUAAAAAAAAUUCUGUAAAUAAAAACAAGGACUGCCUUUUCUGCUUCCAAAAACUGAAGAGACAACGCAGCAGAGUUUUCUUACAAAAAGCUGUAAUUGCUGCUUACCAUUCUGGGAGGGCUUAAAGGUCUUUUCCAACCAACUUGAAAUCCAAUGUUUAAGUGAGGGAAGGAUUAUUUACAAGUGGAAACCAUUAAAGCUGUUGCCAGUCUCCCCCAUCGACAUAUAAAAAUUGGACAAUGGGUUUUCAUAGGCUCCAAUAACACGUUUUUGAAAAAAAAAAAGGGAGGUGGCCACCACCGCCAUUUUGACCGUGUCACAGGUUCCGUCAAGCCCAGACAAUUCCACAAAAGGGAAGAGAGGUGGAACUGAGGGUGGGGCUGUAAGGCUGGGAUCAACUGAUG